GCUUUUUUGGUAUCAAAUGUUGCGGAACAGGUCCUACAUACGAAAUUAUUUGAAGAAGCGGAAGCGGAUGAUGACGAUGAUGAUGACGCAGCGGCUAUCGGAUCAUCUCCGCGUGGUUUAUGCCAUCGGCGAUGUGAUGCUAAAUUUGCCGGACAGCUAAAUACCUGA